AUGACUCCCGUGCCUUCAUCUCCCAAGCAGGAUCAAGGAAAUGAAGCCCAGAAAACGUAUGACUAUGCCGAUGAUGAUGAUUAUGAACCAUAUAUCCCAGUGGCCCAGCGACGUCAGCAGAAGCUCGCCAAGUUUGCCACCCGUGGUGUGUCGACGAAUCGUUUGUCGAAGCUGAAAUUGUCUCGUGAUCCCGAUCGAGAGCGUGAUGAGGAGAGGGAGGAAGAGGAAGAGGAAGAAAGGCUAAAAGAGAAACUGCGGAAGGAACGGACUCUUCUUGAGGAGGCUCAAGAAGUGCAUCGUAAGAAAGAUUUGGAAGAUGCUCAGAAGACUGAUCGAGAGAAGGCAGAGGAGACGGAUGAGAAGAUUCUGGCUGCUAUCGCUCACCAGCGCAAGUUAGCCUCUGACCUUGAGUUGGCAAAAGGAAUAUCGUAUACCGAAUCUUUGAAGACUUCGUGGCGGGCACCCCGAUACAUACGUGAACGAACGGAGGCUCAGCAUUCAAAACUUCGCGAGAAGUACCACAUCAUAGUUGACGGAGAGGGUAUCCCUCCACCUAUCGAGAAAUUCGGCGACAUGAAAAUACCAACCCCUCUGCUUACGCACUUCAAGAAGAAAGGGAUAAUAACGCCAACUCCGAUUCAAAUCCAGGGUUUACCAACAGCGUUCUCCGGCCGGGACAUGAUAGGGAUAGCUUUCACUGGCUCAGGAAAAACACUUGCCUUUUCCCUGCCGCUGAUAAUGAUGGCAUUGGAGGAAGACGCAAAGCUUCCAUUGGAACGAGGUGAAGGUCCGGUUGGCGUAAUACUUUGUCCUUCCCGGGAGCUAGCCACCCAGACAUUCGAGAAUAUUCAAGAAUGGAGCGAAGUCAUGGUCCAAGGCGGGUACACCAAACUCAACAACCUUCUUUGUAUUGGUGGCAUAUCGAUGGGGGACCAAUCACAUGUCUUCAACAAGGGAAUUCACAUCGUCGUCGCAACUCCCGGUCGCCUCAUCGAUAUGUUAUCCAAGAAUCGAUUCAACUUCCUUGGAUGCAAGUUUUUGUGUAUGGAUGAAGCUGACCGUAUGAUCGAUCUCGGAUUUGAGGACGAUGUACGGAACAUUAUGAGCUAUUUGAAACAUCAACGUCAAACACUCUUGUUUUCCGCCACGAUGCCAAGGAAGAUCCAAGAUUUUGCACAACAAUCUUUAGUGAAACCAGUCGUGGUCAACGUUGGGCGUGCAGGUGCUGCCAAUUUGGACGUGUUGCAAGUGGUCGAAUACGUGAAACAAGAAGCGAAGAUGGUAUAUUUACUGGAAUGCCUGCAAAAGACGCCGCCUCCCGUGAUCGUUUUUAGCGAGAACAAAAAUGAAGUUGAUGACAUACAAGAAUACCUUUUACUCAAAGGCGUCGAAGCUGUGGCUAUUCAUGGAAGCAAAACACAGGAAGAACGACAAUAUGCCAUCAAAUCUUUCAAAUCAGGUGCAAAAGACGUGAUGGUUGCUUCAGGCGUUGCCUCCAAGGGUCUUGAUUUUUCCGAAAUCCAGCACGUCAUCAUUUUCAGUAUGCCAAAGGAAAUCGAAGAUUACGUUCACCAGAUCGGACGGACGGGACGGAACGGGAAGACGGGGAUCGCUACGACGUUUGUGAACAUGAACACACCAGAACAGACGCUCUUGGAUCUGAAGUACUUGCUGAUCGAGGCUGGACAGAAAGUACCACCAUGUUUAACGUCAAUCCAGGAUCCUCGCGUAGCGCAAGGGGGAGCCAUGAAAGGCUGCCCAGUUUGCGGAGGUUUGGGACAUAGUAUAUCAAACUGUCCAAAAUUAGAAGAAACACAGCGCCGAACGAUGGCCUCACAUCGUGGCGGAGACAUUGGCGGUUAUUGA